AGAAACGUCACUUUUGAAAGUUUGUUUUUGAUUGGAUUUGAAGUCGCUUGGUGAAUUAAAUUUUCUCGGUUUCGGAGCUAAUUUUUACCAAAUUUCCUGUGAAAUGGAUAGUGAACCUCCAUCCGACGGCUACCUCAUCGAUCUGAUCGACGAUACCUGGCUCACCGACGAACUGCCCAACGACCAGAUUAUGGUUCCCUCGGAGAAGCUGCCCGACCCCGAGGCGGACAACGGCGACUCGCACCUCACCCUGUCCGAGCAGGAGCAAAAGUGGACCGACCUGGCGCUGUCCUCGCUGGCGCCGGAACUGUCCGUCUCCGAGCAGCUCAAUUUGAAUGGCGUUUAGGAAGAUGGAAUGUUUUUUUCUUUCAAGCAUUUCAAGCCGGUGAGACAGAUUUGAGAAUUAGUAUUAGUAUUUAUACGAUUCGUAUGUAAUUAAUAAACGUUACACUUGAUUUGCAGCCAAAAAGCAACUCC